AUCCUCCUCCUCUAUCCUCUUGCGUACCUCGAAGCCGGCCUCUUUAGGUGCAUAGAACGCCUCCACCUCGUAGCCCCCGCACGGAAUAGCCAGAAACGCAAAUCAUGGCCUCUUUCUUCGCGAACGUUCGCCAAGGAUUAGCUGGACGAUCCAGCAAGGGCCAACAAGGACAAGGCAAAGGAGGCUCGCCAUCACCAACAACCCAAUACGCCAGUUCACCAACUUCUCAGCAGCAGCAAGGACAGCCACCUAUGCCUCACUCCCCCGCCUUGUCGUCGGCCAUGUCGUUCGAAAGUGCUCCGGACGGGUCCGUGCCCGGGACACGCAGACCGCCUUUCUUCUUCCGCGAAGAGUACUCCAACCUGAUUGUCAAGGGCAACUUUAUGACCUUGGCUGCAAAGCCGAAGCUUGUUGAAGAAGGCGAAUGGCUUGCACAUCAAGUUGUCGAGCAGUACAGGCUGCUGGAGCAAAUGAUUGAAAUCAUCAAGACAGUAGAUGACAAGACAAGCAAGCCCGUCUGCAACCCAGAUGUCUGUCCUACCAUGUCUGCCAGUGGUCACACAUACACGUGGUUAGACAACAACAAGAAGCCCAUCAAGAUUCCCGCAAUCCAAUACAUCAACCUCGUGCAGAAGUGGAUUGUUGGCAAGAUCAACGAUCCAAACAUCUUCCCUACAGACACAACAGCCGUCUCCAUUGGCGCAUCGACAUAUGCGUCUGGUUCCAUGACACCCAAUGCCACCCCGCAGCCCCUCCCACCCACCAACAUCAACGCCCCCGCCUCGCAGCUCGCCGGACGCGACUGGCUCGGAAAAUCCUCGGGCUUCCCCGAAACUUUUGAGGGAGAUAUCAAGAGCAUCUACCGUCAGAUGAUGCGAUGCUACGCCCAUAUUUACCACGGCCACUGGCUGGACCCCUUCUGGAACGUGAGCGCAUACAAGGAGCUCAACACUUGCUUCAUUCACUUCAUCAACGUCGGCAAGCUCUUCAACCUCAUCGGCGACAAGGAAAUUGAGCCCAUGCAGCCGCUCGUCGACCUCUGGGCUGAGAAGGGCUUGCUGCCGCCAAUUACUGGAGGUGCAGCUGCACCAAAGGAGAAUGUACCUCCCAGGAGCUCGGGAGGACCGCCUGCUGGUUCUGCGUCUUGAACAUGAAAGCUUGAACUUGUGAUAUUGAAAUCUUGUCUGGUAACAAAACAUGGGGAGGCGCCAUUUGAUAUGGAGCAACUAGAACAGCAAGCUGUAAACAUUUUCUCGCCUUGCAUAGGUAGCAUGAAGGGUUUGGACGUGAGAGUUUGGGCGUUUUUUUUUGAUAUAUUUUAUGAUUGGCGAUGUGUACGCAUGCAUGGUGGUAGUAUGCAAAAUGAAACUUGAACCAUG